AUGUGGUCUUCAGAUGACUCUGGCUCUGACUACGACUUCGGCGGCACCUGGAAUGACUUCAAGGGCACCUGGAAUGACUACAACUGUAUCUGGGGUGAUUAUGGCUUUGGAUACGACGACUAUGACUACGGAGGGCCAUUUCCACUAGACUUCCUUCCUUUCCGUAACCUUUGCGAGGCUGCGAUUGGCUAUCUCGAUACCCAGAAAGAGUACUCUCUAUAUGAUUCGACAAUGAUCGAGUUCAUUGCCAUUGCUGAAGCUGGUACCUCCGCUAUGACCUGGGUGUAUGAGCUAAAGUUCUACAAAUUCCUCUAUCUACCACCUGAGCUACGCUUCAAUGUGUAUACUCAUUUGUUGAAGGCUGCGCACAGCUACCAGGAGCUAGCGAAACAUUUGCACGUCGACCGGUUCAACAAUCCAUGUUGCACCUGGCGCUGGCCCAACGAACUCACCAUUUGCGACCGGCAUUCAGGAAACGAGCUACCCACGGCGGAGUAUGCGCCCUGGCUCCCUGAUCUCGCCUUCACAAACAAGCAGGUACUGGGAGAAGUCACCAUAUGCAUGCUCUCGACAACGAAAUGGUUCGACUUCAAGUACGAGGAACACAAGCCUUCCAAGAUUGUCCGUUUGUUCACAGACUUCCCCUCCACUUUCCCCACGGUCAUGGUCAACGGCGUGGCUACCACCGAAGCCUUUGCAGCUAUCAAGUGUAUCUAUUUCCCACACGAGUGCAAGUAUAACUAA